GGUGUAAGGAGACGGGGGUAGUCCAGCAUGGCGUUCUUCAGGGGCUUCCAGCCCAGCCUCCCGUCGGUCUCCUCGCUGCUGGACUCGGUGACCAGCGCGGUGGACGACCUGGCGUUCGCGGUGGGCGACGUCACCUUCGCGGUGAGCGACCAGCUGGCGGGGCAGGUGAGCAGCCUCAGGCAGAGGGCGCAGGCGGAGGAGGAGGAGAAGCUGCGGAGCGCCCAGUGGGCGGAGGCGGCGGAGCGGGAGGCGCGGGAGGCGCAGAAGGAGGCGGUCCUCCUGCGGGAGAUGAGGCUGAGGAGGCGGGGCUCCCAGGACCCCGGGUCCGCGGACACCACGGACUACAGCGCGGGCUCCGCCCCCUCCACCGAGACCUUCUCCACCUGCAGCGACCUCUCCCAGACCCGGGACGGUGACCUGGAGGGGCCGGCCGGGAGGGACGGCGACCCGACACGGAAAAGCGAGGCGGCGGCGGCGGCGGGGGGGCGCCCGGGGGGGACAGGCCGAAACGCGGGGGCGGAGAACGGGAGAGCCAGCGCCAGGGAGAGAAAGAAACCCCCAACGACCCGCGACGCUGAGGGCGUGGCCCGCACUCCCUCCCAGGCUGACCUGAGAGCGGGGAAGAAGAAGGGGGGGCGGAGUUCGGCCAAUGAGCAGGAAGGAGGGAGGAGGGCGUCUUCCAGAGCCGACGGCAGGACCCCAGGUGAUCUGACGAGGAAAGAGUCGAACAGAAGGAAAUCUGGGAAAGAGAAGAGCUACGCGGACGGGGAUCCCCAGGGCUCCUCCUCUGACAGCGAGGACGAGGUGAUGGGGAAGUACCAGGAGGCGGUGUCGCGGUCCCAGGGCCUCCGGGGGGGGGGCGACCCCCGCCACCAGAGGGGCUUCGGCUGGGAGACCCGGCAGAAGUACAGCCCCCUGUCCGCCGAGUACGAUGGCUACAGCAGCGAGGUCUCCACAGAGGAAGUGAACUGCAUCCAGAGGAUGAGGCGGACCCCCCCGCUGGACGAGCUGCAGCCGCCCCCCUACCAGGACGAGGACGGGUCCCCGCGCAUGUCCUGCACCCCCUCGGACCUGGGCGACGCCAAGUGCGAGCUGUCCCGCUGCAGCGACAGCCCCCGCCACUCCUACGGCAAGAGCCCCAGCGAGACCAGCGGGGGGCAGGAGACCGAGAGCUACCUCAACAAGGGCUACGAGGAGGACGUGCCCAGCGACAGCACCGCCGUGCUCAGCCCCGAGGACAUGUCGGCCCGUGGAUCGGCGGGCCAGCUCCCCAAGGGGUACGAGCCGGAGCCGGUGGCCAAGUACGGCACGCUGGACGUGGUGUUCGACUACGACUCGGACGAGCAGCGCCUGGCGGUGACGGUGACGGCGGUGACGGACAUCCCCGCGCCCAAGCGCACGGGCAGCGUCUCCUGGCAGGUGCACCUGGUGCUGCUGCCCACCAAGAAGCAGCGGGCCAAGACGGGCGUCCAGAAGGGCCCGUGCCCGGUCUUCACCGAGACCUUCAAGUUCAGCCACGUGGAGCCGGAGAUGAUCGGCAACCACGCCGUGCGCUUCCGCCUCUACAGCGUGCGGCGCAUGAAGAAGGAGAAGGUGCUGGGCGAGAAGGUCUUCUACCUCACCAAGCUCAACCUGCAGGGCAGGAUGUCCGUGCCCGUCACCUUGGAGCCCUGCUGCACGCUGCCGCAGGGCUGUGAGUCCCAGGCGAGCGUCUCCGAGACGACGUGCAGCGAGACGGCCUCGUCCUUCCAGUCCGCGGGGCAGGGCUCCACGCCCGAGAUCCUGGUGGGCCUGGUGUACAACGCCACCACAGGCCGGCUCUCCGUGGAGGUCAUCAAGGGCAGCCAUUUUAAAAACCUGGCCGCCAACAAACCACCCAAUGGGCUGUUCUGUUGUCUAAAACACUUGAUAGGUGGACAGGUGUAUAUAAUCAGAGACACCUAUGUUAAGCUGACCCUGUUGAACUCUAUGGGCCAGGAGAUGUCCAAGUGCAAGACGUCCAUCUGCCGGGGCCAGCCCAACCCCACCUACAAGGAGACCUUCGUGUUCCAGGUGGCGUUGUUCCAGCUGUCAGACGUGACGCUCAUCCUGUCCGUCUACAACAAGCGCAGCAUGAAGCGCAAGGAGAUGAUUGGCUGGAUCUCGCUGGGCCUCAACAGCUCGGGCGAGGAGGAGCUCUCGCACUGGACCCUGAUGAAGGAGUCCAAGGGCCAGCAGGUGUGCCGCUGGCACAGCCUGCUGGAGACCUAGGAGGAAGAGGAGGAGGAAGAGGAUGAUGAGCAGGCGGGGGAGGAGGAGGAGGAAGGAAGGGAGGGAGGCAGCAGAAAUGGAAGCUUCUGGAAAACGCUGAACUGUCCUCCAGUGGAACUGGAGAGGCGUUUCGGGGUGGGGGGUGGGGGUGGGGUGCAGUGCCGGUGUAGGCCCGAGGUGGGUGUGGCCUGGAGGUUAGAAUAAUGACAGCCUGUGGAAUUUAAGAAAAGGCCUGACCUGCCAGAGUCUGUUUCUCAAACGGGACACUGAAGAGGUUGAGGACCGGGCUGAAAGGGGGAAAGGCGUCCUGCUCGCUCCUGGUGACCGGUGGGGCUCCCCGAGGCAGGGGGUGUCUUUUUGGGGAUGUUUCGUGCUCUACCCCUCCUACAGCCAUUAAGCUCGUCCACCGAAGGAUCACUAGCACAACAUGCACAGGUACAAGGGCACGAGGAACAAACAGGUUCAUCUAAACACCACACACAGCCCGCUCCCCUGUCAUAUUCUAUAUGAAUCAAUAGCCAAGGGUAUGAGAGCCUCUCACACGGUGAUUGUACAGCCCUUUAAAUGAAAUGGAAGGGGCAGUGCUCCGUGAUCAUGCUAAAACCUUAUGACAGGGCUGCCCAACCCUGUGCCAGGAGAUGUACGGUCCUAUAGGUUUUCACCCCAACCUCAACAAGGCACAUCUCACUCAGCAGCUAGAGCAGGGCUGCCCAGCCCUGUUCCUGGAGAUCUGCCGUCCUGUAGGUUUACACUCCAACCCUAACAAGGCCCAUCUCGCCCAACAGCUAGAGCAGAGUUGUCCAACCCUGUUCCUGGAGGUCUACCCUGUCCUGUAGGUUUUCACUCCAACCCUAACAAGGCACAUCUCACCCAACAGCUACUGCAGAGCAGUGUUUCUCAACUCUAUUCCUGGAGAUCUACCGUCCUCCUGUAGGUUUUCACUCCAACCCCAACAAGGCGCAUCUCAUUGGAAAGCUAGGGAUCUCACUGAGCUGCUAAUUAGCAGAAUCCGGUGUGACAAUGGGAGGCGCAUGGGAUUCGUUUCGACAGUGAAGGAGAAAAAGAUUGAGUGCAGCUCAGAGACCGUAGACUGCCACCGUGGUGAUCGUGCAUGUAAGGCUGAGGCUCAGUACGUGAUACCAGUGCCUAUUAACUUUAGACAUCAAGAGUAUGCUAAUUGUUUUUCUUUUUUUGGCUUUCACACCAUUCGAAGUAGUUCAGGUGUGCGUCCACACCUGUCACCUGUAGUUUAACGCAAGUGCAUGUACGCACAUGUUGUAAUGAACACUUGGUAUCGGCCUAAAAAAAACCCUUUUAAAAUAACAGGGUAAAUCGGUUUACAUUUGGGGUAAGAAAGCAGUAAACUCCACUGUGGUUUCCAUUAUGGGGUGGAAGUGGAAAUUAAGAAUUUAAUUUUCUUAUUGGACUUAUUGUUAUACAGAUGAGAAAGUGCACAUUGUACACAUUGUGGCGAAGUUAUCGCAUGAUUUUUUUCCCCCCGUUUUGUUUUUCCAAUAAUAUUGAUUCCACACAAUGGCAUGUAGCUGAAAGUCUGUCUUUCGCAGAAUUUUAAAGUCCACUUCUAUCAAGCUAUCCACCCAAUGCUAUCCAUCAUUUUAUCAUUCCUAUGGAGAUACAGGUCAUCUUUGUUAAUUGUUUGGAUGAUGAGGCCUUUGAAGUUGAAAUUGGAAGAACUGGGAGAGGUGUAGCCUCAGCUGUUGGGAGAGAAGCAGGGCUCAGUAAACCAGUCAUGAUUCAGCACAAUUCCACCAGAGAGGCCCCGCCAAUGCCUUGCGUAAAAGUAAGUGCAGUUCACCAGAAGUCCCACAUAGAGGGGCAACCAAAAAAAAGGAAAUAAAUGAAAUUUAUAGUAACAGAUAAUGUUUGUCACUCCUGGGUAAACUUAGCAGUUGCCAAGCUGGAACAUCUCUGGGGUUGUGAGAAACUAUAAACACAAUGUUGGUGGUUUUAAUUCUUAUUGCUUGAUGGUAUUUUCAUUACGACUAUUGGUUGGUUUUUCUCUCCAGUUGUGUUAGUCACACCCGAGUUUGAUAGUGAUCUGUUUUCUGGAUAUAAUUUUCAGGGGUAUUGGUUGCGUUUUUCAUGCAGUGGUGCGCAGUUAGCAUACGUUAGGCCAUCUCUGAGGACCCUUUUUUGGCCGUCUGCUCCUCCUGUAGAACUCCGCGAGGUGAAUUUCAGGUAGGCAGGAGAGCGUAGCGUUGCGAGCUCGUUAGCUUCUCUGGAAAAGACUGUUUGCCCCGCAUAUGACGUACUGUAAUUGUACUGAUACAACUUUAUGGCACUCUUUGAAUUAACCCUGGAAAGCUCCUUACCAUGGUAUUUUCGAACUGCACUAAUUAUUAUUAUUUAUUUAUUUGAUUAUUAUUAUUAUAUUCUGACAACCAAGAGGCAGUAUGCUGUAUGGGUUUUAAUGUACUCUGUGGGAAACCUUGGCUUUGUAAACAGUAGAACUGAAGUGAAUGUUAAAAUUGUGUUUUCACUACGCCCUCAGGCUACGUCAGUACCUGGCCAAUCAGACGCUCUGUCAUCAGCUCGGCUGAAUGCUGUUUAAUAUGAUAAGGGUUCCUUCUCUUGUGUCUGACUAUGUGAGCAUCGACAGUACGGUUGAAGAGGUGGCAGUUUGCCCAGCACCUUCACAGGCUAAUUCCACUCCGGCUGUGUGCAUCUUCUGCUGCUCUUCUGUCUGACGUGUACAAGGUUGGUGUUCCAGCAUCCUACAUAGGCGGCCUCAAGGUGGCAGUAAUGAGCACUCAAGGCCCCUGCCCAUUUCUAAACUCCCCUGAAGGCUGUGGAUAUUUACCAUGAGCCUGUCCUGACUGCUACAGUAGAGCUCAGUGCUGUUCUGGGGGCCUAAUUUAGGAGGCUCUUAUCACUGCCUUUAGUGUGUAAUACUCUAGUGAGUGAUUUGGCGGGAACUGUUUCAGCAGGGAGGGGUUGGAUGGCAGCGGUACUCUUGGCUGUGGGCUACAUUACCGAAUCCUCUCUCACUUGCCUUAUAGAGGGGCGUGGCCUGUGCACAAAGGGGGGCGGGGCUUCCUGUGCUUAUCAUGGGCGGAGCUUAGGCUCAGAUCCUAACUGGAACUGUAGGGGGGGAAUCGAGAGUUUUCUCUGGAGCCGAGGGGGUCCACACAUGCACACAGACAUGCACUGUACCUCCAGGCUCACACACAUACUGUUCCUUGUGUCCACACGUUCACAAACACACACACACACACACACGUGAAAAGCACACAGCUACAGAGGUUAUACACUGAGGUGAAGAGAAUGCAAAGUGAUGUGCUAUCUGGCUGUUUUAACAAGCGGCUAAUUUUAAGGAGCAGUUUCUUCUGAACUGGGGGCGGGGACAGGCAUGCCCAGGCAGGAACGAACCCAGCCCAUCCUAUUGCAGAAGGCUUUCGGCCAAUCAGGCGAAGGCUGUGGCCCGGUGCUGAUUGCGGGCCCACUGGGCUCAGAACCGCCACAGGAAGUGCUCCAUGUGUGUGUGAGCCGCGACCAGUACCAUAGAUAUCCGUCUGGCUUUGGAGCCAUAGCUGACCAAUGUGCUUUAUACAGCCAAGGCUGACUGUGCUCGCUGAAAUGGUGGACUAACAGGAAAUAACAGGAAAACCAUCGGCAGUCUUGAGCAAAGUGGUCUCAUUGGCUGAGCCUGUCAUAACAAGGUUAAAACAUGGCUUGCCUAUUGGCCACAAAGGCAAGUUUGUCAUAUGGACAGUACCAUUGUACAAAAAUUGAGGGGUGGCAUGUGAGUUUUAUAGGUAGCUACAGGUAGCUUCCUGUGAGACAGGAAGGGGCGGAGCCCUAUUGCUCACUUAGGGUAACUGGUUUCUCAAUCUCUUUGCGAUCUCCUUCAAUUCUAAUGUAUUUCGAUCAAGAUACUUCUAACCUAUUGAUUGUUGCAUACUGUAUACUUUAUAUAGAUUUUUUCCUAUCUAUUUUUAUAUUAAAGAGAACAUUGAGACAAGAUGGUAUCUGGUAUAAGUUAAAAGCUCUGUGAGCAAUAUGAUUUUGGAGGUACGUACUUUUAAUCAGUUGGGUUUCUUCUUCCUUUGUUAAUUAAUCGAUUGUGUCAUUUUCCCACAAAAAACUGAAGGCCGGUUCGGCUCAGAAAGCCAUCAGUUGGUGAGAUGGUUUGAGGUUUUCAGGAUACAUAAGUUUCAUGACAUCUAAGCUACCAUUGAUGAUCACUGUAGUCUCUGAGAUUCAAUCAGAUUGAAGUCUUCGAUUUAAGUCUUGAGUUCCAAGAGUUACAGGAUGAGAUGGAUCAUGUUGAUCAAACUAACAUGUAGCUCGUUGUUAUGGAAACGGUCAUUCAUUAGCCAUUGGCUGUGAUUGCUCGGCAAGUUUUCGAGACGUCCAGUCUCCUCUCACCUGCUGCUGGAGUUCUGGUCUGAACUGGGCCUAACAGACCAACAAAAAGUUUUCACAGUGAACUCUGCUUGCUUCUGUGGUCAUGUUUUACUUUUCAGAUGCAAUCUAAAUGGGGAAUAACAAAAAAGAAGAAAUAUAAAUAUGUACAAAAUGGGGGUUUAAAAAAUGUAUGGGAAAAACAUUGUUCCUUAAGUGUGAUAUUGUUUCUCGACUGUGCUGAUGUCAGCGGUGGUAUUGAUUAUGAACUGUCUCUGGUCUCAUACUAUCCCCAUUGAAGAUGUAUUUUUAAAAAAAAAGAAAAACUCAAAAAAGAGAAAAGAAAAUCUCACUCAGCCUUGUGAACUGGUACGCUUUGUAAGGACAAAAGCACAUCUUUACAGCACAACAGUGAUGAAACACACCUUGUGAAAGGCAGCAGACAAGGAACGUCCCCCAAAUGCACGUUUCACGUGUCCACCUCUCACACACUCUCUCUCGCACGCCCAUCUCUUACACAACCACUUUCACAUGAACACCUCUAAGCUAAGCGUAAGAGCAAAAUCGUUCCCCGUCUUAAACUGAUCAAAGCUGCAUCGUUUUCACAUCGUACUCAAGACUGCGGGAUCAGGACCUUUCUUUGCUCUGAAUUUUGAGAACUUUUUUUUUCCCCUUAAACCUGAGAGACUGAGAACACGUGGCGAACAAGGCUUUUUGCAGCCGACGGUUGGCUGCGAUUCGCGUGUGACCUAAUCGCGCAUUCUGGCCAAUCGUCUCGUCCGAAUGUGUGAUCCUGGUGCUAAUUAGAGUCUGUUAAAUACAGACAGGGAGGAGCAGGAAAAAUGCUCUUGUUUCUCAAUGAGGAAAUACAGGUCUGGAGAGAGGUUUCCUAAGGAUACUAAUAUAUGGUGUCUGAUUGGGUUUCAUGCCUCUCCUUCAGUCUUUUACCUAGUAAAAUGCUUUGCCUUACUCUACUGAUGAUAGAGCAAUGGGCUUUUUUGUAUAAAUCACAUAAGUAUAUACGGAAAGUUAGGCCAUUAUAUUAAUGUACUUUUUUUGUUAUCUUUCUUAUAAAAAUACGUUAAGCAUUCCCUUCUGUGACCAGUAGAUGUGAACUGAAAUUCUGUUCACCUACAAUAUGCCUUUUAAACUUCUCAGCAUUUCCGAUUUCGGCGAAUCGGUGGCAUUGAUACCUUUGACGGGGUUUUGACAUGCUUCAGUUGUCACCUGACACGAGAACCUGAUCAUUGCCUUGCUUUUUGUCAUAGAAGAGGGGGCACAGGUGGCAUUCUAGAAUUUUGGAAGAUGUGUAAAAAUUGAUUGGAGGUUUACCAUUAUUGCAAUCUCAAUUAAAUACUUGAGCUUGAAAGCUCACUAUAAAAAGAACAAAAAAAUAUGUAAUUCUUCUGGAACUGCGGUGGCUGAUAUUCAUCUCUUGUUUGGUUCAAUGCAAUCACUGUAUGAUACAUACAAUUCUUAAUAAAUUUCUCAGUGUUACAAAUCUCAACAA